AUGAAGCAAAUCGCGAUUGAUGAACAGCCCGGUGAGCUCACGCACAACUUUGGAGCAGCUGAGCGCGCCCGCCGCAAUCUCAAUGCUAAACUCUCGAAUCCGUUGGCUGGGUUUAGCCAUUCUGAGCUACGGAAGCGGGGUCGUGUUUUCGCAAUCAAUCACGAAAUAGGUGACGAGGAGGACAUUCGAGCCUUUGAGCUAGGCGCGGUGUUGGCCCAGGCGCCAGAGCGGUUUGCGAGCAUCGAAGCCUUGACAGCGGAAGAAAAGGCAAUUCUGCUUGAUGAGGGAAUGGAUGAAACCACCAUUAACGGUGCUCAGCUUUGGUACAAGCAUCAAUUUGGAAUCGCUGAUAACAGUGCCCGAAGUACUUGGAUCUUGGGCCUGAUCACCUCAGCCCCAUAUCUUUGUUGUGCUUUCAUCGGUUGCUGGCUCACAGUGCCAUUCAAUCGAUGGCUUGGCCGACGGGGAACAAUCUUCAUCACAUGUGCCUUCAGCGCUCUCUCCGUCUUCUGGUCCGGCUUCGCAUCAGAAUGGUGGAACUUGUUUCUUUCGCGCUUUGCACUGGGAUUCGGUAUUGGUCCUAAAUCAGCUACUGUUCCCAUCUACGCAGCUGAGACGGCACCUCCUUCUAUCCGCGGUGCCUUGGUAAUGCAGUGGCAGAUGUGGACCGCGUUCGGGAUCAUGUUGGGGUAUGUUGCGGACCUGGCAUUCUAUCAGAUCCCCGAUGGAAAUCCGAUCUACGGUCUGAACUGGAGGUUCAUGAUGGGAUCUGCGAUGAUCCCGGCCAUUAUCGUCUUGACGUUUGUUUUCUCGUGCCCUGAAUCGCCGCGUUGGAUCCAAGCGGCAAGGGACAUGUUCUAUAUGCAUACUCUGCUGGAAGCGGAGAAUAGUAUGAACCUGGGACGGAAUUCGGUCAUGGAACUCAUCACCGUACCUCGAAAUCGACGAGCUAUGGUUGCUUCGCAGAUUGUUAUGUUCAUGCAGCAGAGCCAGCUCUGUGGAGUCAACGUCAUUGCCUACUACUCAUCCGCCAUAUUCAUGGACGCAAACCUCUCUGCCGUAUCAUCCAUGCUCACCUCCUUUGGCUGGGGUGUAGUAAACUGGCUUUUUUCAAUCCCAGCAAUCUACACAAUUGACACCUUCGGCCGCCGCAACCUCCUCCUAGUAACAUUCCCACUUAUGUCACUAGCAAUGUUCUUCACAGGUUUCAGCUUCUGGAUCCCAGAAACCCACAGCGCCAGAAUCAUCUGCAUAGCACUAGGAACCUACCUUUUCGGCAUGGCAUACUCCCCAGGCGCAGGUCCAGUACCAUUUACCUACUCCGCAGAAGCGUAUCCGCUCUACGUCCGACCGCACGGGAUGGCAUUGGCUACGGCGACGACGUGGUUUUUCAACUUCGUCCUGGGAAUUACGUGGCCGGCCAUGCAGAGUGCGUUUACGUCGCAGGGGGCGUUUGCUUUUUAUGCCGCAUGGAAUCUUGUUGGGUGGUGGCUUGUUCUACUGUUUAUGCCUGAGACGAAGAACAAGACCCUGGAGGAGUUGGAUCAGGUAUUUUCAGUGCCAACUAAGUUUCAUGCGCAAUAUGGAUUGAGGCAGAUUCCGUGCGAAGAGGUAUGUUUUGCGGAGGGAUGUUAA